CUGCCUGUUUACAACGCCUUGGUGAAAGAGGGGAGGGAAAUCCGUUUUCGCCUUAAAGCCUUGCGUCAGGAGGAAGUUGAGUUGCAAGAAAAAUACUACCCGCCUGCCCUAAAGCUGCCCAACAGGAUUCAUCCUGAUGUGGUUAUUUUGCAGACCACGCUGUAGCUUUGAAGGAUAUGCCUGUCAGGAUUGUGUGUUCCAGCACCUGCUACCGAGCAGAAACUGAAAAGGGGAAAGAACCGUGGGGUCUCUAUCGGGUGCAUCAGUUCACCAAGGUGGAAAUGUUUGGGGUCACCGCCAACGAGACGGGCCUCGAAAGCAGUGCCCUGAUGGAGGAAUUUCUCACCCUGCAGAAAGAGAUUUUCCUGGAGCUGGGAUUGCACUACAA